UGAACGUAAUCGUCUGAAAGGACAGUCAAUGUUUUAACGUUUGAUAAUAUUCAUUAUGCCGCUGUAUGUGCAGUAAUCUUAGUCAGAGGCUUUGUUGUACUUUAAACCCAAAAUCAGGACAGAUCGAGGGAGACCACAGUGCAGUGUGUGAUCAGGGCCUGGGGCUAGCUGUUCCCGGCGAGCGGGAAGCCGGGGGGGGGAGGGUUGCUUGUCUAUCAGGGGGCUGGCAAAAUCCCAGUUUCUCUCUCCCUCUAUGACAGAUUCCAAGGCCAGCCUCCCAAACAGCCCAGUACAAGCCAGGCUAGGACCCGACGUGGUGGUUUGUUUAAGUGCCUGCACUAAAUUGACGUUUCACCUCGUUGACAGGCCUCACUGAUCAGAGACACUGAAAACAGUCCCCUGGCAUCUGUCCCACGUGAGCACAAGGGUUAAAAAAAAAAAACAAAACAUUAAAAAAUGCAGCUGUUGACCAACCAUUGGCAACCCUUUGGCUCCGUCGUGGUUAGUGUUUUUAUCUGGAUCAGCUAGCUGGGAUUAUGUGUGAAAACAAACAGGUGUUCAGGCAGCAGCAGCAUGAUUCAGGCUUUGUGAAUAGCUAUGCAGAUGCCGGCUGACGGGAGCCUGACGUGUCCCGUCUGGUGCCCUGUGUGCAGCUACAUAAGCCUGAUGAGACAAGCUCACAUGCUAAAACGCUAGCUGCUAGUGGGCGGUUAGCAAGAGCGGGCUAAGCUAAAUUAAAACAUUGUGUUUUAAAAGUGCCAUUUUUCAUGUGCCUACUGUAGCAUGUAAAUUUGUUCUUGCUAAAACUUGCAUAUAUUUAUUCAAUAGAUCAAACUAAUGUGUUAAUAAAAAUGUAAGACGUACUAUUUCCCCAGCCUUCAUUUGAACUCCAUUACUUCUCCUUCUUUGAAAUUGUUCUACUUACCUGUGCCAUGCUUCAGAUGAAUGAUUAGAGGGUUGAUAGCUAUUGGGGGGUCAGAUGUCACUCACACUCCAAGGCACCAAUCACAAAUAUAGAGGCGGACUUUGGAGCAGCAUAAUGGAUUAGACUGGAUGAAAACCACGCUGAAAGAUUUGUUUCAGUUGACUUAGUGAAUGGGUCGAGUCCUGGGCUAAUAAAUGCUCAAAGGGAAUCAAAGAUGUUUUUGCAGAACUGUGGUUUAAAGUACAUUUGUUUGUAUCUGUGCCACUGGUACUGUAGCUAGCGUAGAUUAUCAAAGUGAAGCUCAACAGGCUCGCAUUCUGUCAUCCCCGACUUGCUUCGAUACCAGCGAAGCACCAAAAACCGGCAAAAUGUGAAUUCUGUGUAACUUAAAGAGCUUUAUGCGGAAGUUUAGCCAGGAGGGAUGGGAAGAAGAUAAGGUGCAGAAGGCUUGCCCUCCCUCACUUUUGUCGCACUGACGAUGGCUGCUACCUUCGAGCGGCCCAUAAGCCCGCGAUAGCUCGGGAUUCUCGAGGGACCCAAUAAAACUCGGCGAAUAUGAAUGCUCUUUUUCUUAGCCGUUCCCCAACCAACUCCGAGCGAGCAGAAGAAGGCUUGUGAGUGUUGAACAAGUGGCCCCUUUGUGCCCCUCUUCCGAAGACAAGGGGCGGUUUGUUGAGGUCGGCGUGGCUGCCGUUGUGGACAAGGAGCUUCACGCUGUCCAGUCUUCCUGAAGCGCCUGGGUCCCAGCUCUGGGUGCCUAAUUACGGGACACUUUGCCAGGACUUGUUCCCCAUCUACACAGCGCCACAUGUGUCUAAGGCCGGGAUCUCCAACCUCGCCCCAUCGAGUUCGGCAGCUGCGUUCUAGCCUGUUGUUCAGUGUGGAGAAGUCCACUGGCUUUCAUGUCCACAUGCAAAAAUGGGACAUUUAGUGGGUGAUGUGUGCCUCAGCAGGUUAGGACUAUUCCAAGGGCCUACAUUUGGGUGUGGAUCUCUACUAAUAUUGUUGGAGUGCUGUGUGUAUUUAGGGGGUUUAGGGAGUUAGUUUGGUCCGUACAGAUAUAGAACUGAAACCUAUGUCUUUGGCUAGUUCAUAUCCAGGGGCCAGCAGAGCAAUUUCACAGCCCCGAGGAAGGCCCUUAACCCCCCAGUCGCUCCAGCGGCAGGGUGCCCCUGCUUUGUCAAUUGUACAGCCCUUUGCGUGAAAGCGUCUGCUAAAAAGAUGAAAUGUAAAUGUAAUUUUGACUAUAUUAUUUCUUUAAUUGAUUUUGCUUCAAGCAAAUGCGUUCCUCAAACGCUGUGAGCCGCCCGCUGAAAAAAAAAACAAUUCAGUUCUUUAAGAAUCUCUUUAAAAGCUUGCAGCUGAUGAAUGACUUUCCGGUCAUUCAUCCUAUGUUUGCAGUACCGUGAACAUCAGAUCGUUUGGCUCAAGCUGCACCCAAGAUAAAGUAGGCGGUGGUGGGGCGGGGGGCUGAUAUAAACAUAGACAGUUAACGGAGACACGCUCACUAAGUGACCUGUUCUGCUUCGCUGCCUUCCUUCUUGCUCCGAAGCCGUCAGCGUCCUUCAGAGUGUUCUACGGAGUCCUUCCGUAACUUUCCGUAACUCACAAACUGGGAUCCGCUUCCAGAGUGUUCCGUUACUGAAAAUUAUACUCGCAAAUCCUCUCAAAAUCCCUGGACGGCUUCUGCAUAAUAGAACUCCGCCGAUUGCCAUGACGACGGCCAGGUUUCGACCCACCUGGGACCUGGCUCUGGACCCGCUGGUCUCCUGCAAGUUGUGCCUUGGGGAGUUUCCCCUGGAGCAGAUGACCACCAUCACACAGUGCCAAUGUGUCUUCUGCACGCUGUGCCUGAAACAGUACGUCGAGCUCCUGAUCAAAGAGGGCCUUGAAACGGCUAUUAGCUGUCCAGACUCUGCCUGUCCGAAACAAGGACACCUCCAGGAAAAUGAGAUCGAGGGCAUGGUACCGGAGGAGGUGAUGCAGAGAUACAGAAAGCUGCAGUUCGAAAGGGAGGUGCUGCUGGACCCGUGCCGAACGUGGUGCCCGUCUUCGUCCUGCCAGGCUGUGUGCCAGCUGAGGGAGACAGAAGCUCGGCGCCCCCAAAUGGUCCACUGCACUGCCUGCGGCCUGGAGUUCUGCUCCACCUGCAAGGCCACCUGGCACCCAGGACAGGCCUGCCAGGACAGCAUUCCUAUAUCCGCCUUCCUCCCUGGAGAGACCAGUGCUCUGUACAAGACAGACGAGGACGACGCCCCUAUCAAACGCUGCCCCAAGUGCAAGGUGUACAUCGAGCGUGACGAGGGCUGCGCACAGAUGAUGUGCAAGAACUGCAAGCACGCCUUCUGCUGGUACUGCCUGGAAUCGCUGGAUGAUGAUUUCCUGCUGAUUCACUAUGACAAAGGACCUUGUCGCAACAAGUUAGGCCACUCGAGGGCUUCUGUCAUCUGGCACAGAACACAGGUGGUGGGGAUAUUUGCAGGCUUCGGGCUUCUCCUCCUGGUGGCAUCACCAUUCCUCCUCCUCGCCACGCCCUUCGUCUUGUGCUGUAAAUGCAAAUGCAGUAAAGGGGACGAUGACCCCCUGCCCACCUAAAAAAAAACCACAAAGAAGAGAGGAGCUUCCUCCACGCCACCGAUGGGGCGGUUUUUGCCGUAUUCGUUCCCUCCCCUCACCCUUGUCGUCCCGUGCAGACAGAUGUAACCCCGGCACUAUUUUAGCUUUCAUCUAAAUUCCCAGAAGAGGGUGGGGGCCCAGAUCCAGAAGAUGGCGGUGACGCCCCCGCCCCCGACGCGGAUGCAUGUCCUUAGCGCACGGCGUCCUACUUGUGAAGACCGCACCCCUUUCUCAAAGAUUGACGGCCACCGGUUUAUAUUUUCCUACCUGCUUUCCAGUCAUUCCGAAAUCUGACCACAAUGUGGCCGGUUUCAGCCCUAGAAAGCAGGCAGUGGUGUAACUGUUUCAGGAGCAUAGGAGGUGUUAAGCUAGACGUUCCGAAUGGAAAACGGGUGACAUUAUUUGCUGUCUGUAAAAUAAGCCAACGGCCUGAGCCGGCAGUCUAACCCCCCCAGGUGAUACUACACAUGGUGAAUGCAAAUAUUGUCCUUCUGUGUUUGCUUUCGGUUUAUUUUUAACCCCAGGUUUAGCCAUUAUGUCUGUAUUAAACUAUUAAUUAUCUCUUUUUCUCGAUAUUGCAAUGUUCCCCGAAACGGGUAUGUGUUACCACAAGUCAGACCUAACUUUUGGUUCAAAAUGCGAGUUUGACCCUUGUAUGGGAACUAAUUCGUUUUGACCCUGAACAUUUGCGUAAAUUACUGGGCUUGUAUAAAGAAAAAAACGACUGAAAGGUUCGAUAAUCUUGGAAUUCUGGGGAAGAGCAAAAACGUACACAUAUUUAAAACAGGACGAAAUUUUGCAGAUGAACCCCUGCAUGGUAGAUUGUCAGAUUAAAGUGUGUGUGUGUGAGAGAGAGAGAGAGAGAGAGAGAGAGAGAGCUGGAAAGAACUGAAAUGACCUUUUUUUGUCGAUCUGCAUCACUUUUACUAUGCAAAGCAGUGCAGCCCAUUCGAAUCCCUGGCCUGUGAGCAUAUUAGCGCGAUCUUAGCUUGCCAGACUUUUCCAUUUGGGAGUUGGGGCACGUUCUGGAUUUCACUUAGCCAAUCAGGUCCUGACUUGCAGCACACGGGUCUCUCCCCCUGUUCUGUGUUACCGGAUUUGCACGCGCUGUUCAGGCUGCCCUCCAAACAUGGAGCCCAUGUCCGGUAUGCAUUUGUUUAGAUUUUCGGGUGGUGAUUUAUUAUUUUUUUUAAAGUGCCAAGUAAUUUGUUAUUUCAUGUUAUUGCGUUUAAUCCCUCACAGCUCAUGUGUAGCUCCUUAGAACAAUUUCUAGUAUGUUUACUAUAUAUUUGACCUUAUAUAUUAAAUGUAGUUUUGUAGGUAAGAGACACAUCUCCAGGUUUUGUGCGGAGUCUCAAACGCACCGUUGUUGCAGUCCCUUAGAUUUCCUUUCAGUUGCAUGACCAGCAGACGCAUUAAAUUCCUGUUAUUCUGCCUAGUGGUAAUAAGGAGGGACUGUAGAGACGCUUAGACCCCAGUGCCGCAGGACACAGCUGGGAUAGACCGGAAAGCUUGUUUCUCCAAGGGCACACAAAGCACCGAAGAGCCAUGCUGAUCCAAAAUAUCCAGUUACUGUCAUCGGUUUGAUCGAAAGGCAAAGCCUUGGAGACCUGUAGCCACGGAAAACGGGAUCUUUCUGUAAGAUUAACAUGUUAACGUGGCCCCUAAUCUGUAUGAAUUGGGGUUGACGAUAGUGCCAUAUUGCCAGCGGAUCUUAUUGGCGGUGAUGAUGGGAAUGACUCGGUGGAUGAUGUGCAUUUUGGCUCUUCCUGUUAAAAAGGAUCAGCCCAGGACUCUACGUUUGCACCGUUUGUAUAGUUCAGAUGUUUCUGCAAUGAGCACCACACACACUAUUGUAUGUUUCUGAAAACAUCCUUGCAAUUUUUUACAUUCAGGCUAGUGUCGCAAAAUUCCUCAGUUAGCAGGGGUGACAUUAUGUAAAAAAGCACAUUAUUCAGAUGAUUAAAAUUUACAAACAAGUAUAGAUCCAUUUCCCCCUAUAGUAUAAAAUACUUUUCCACAAUCGGAAUACACGUAAUACCUCGAUUUUGACUACUGUCAAUUUUGGCACAUACUAAAAAAGUCGAACAAUUUAAUGACCAAGAAAUUCCAUCAGAAAUAAUAAUGCUAUCGGUUAGUAUAAGAAUUUCUUUGUGAAGUUGUGUAACAAUUCAUGGUGAUUAAAAAAAAAUAUAUAGAAUACAUGUAGAAUUUAGCAAAAUGGAGUUAAUUUUAUCAAAUGAGAUUGUGUUAAGGGUUUAAGAUAAUAUAUUUAAAAUUAGUCAGUAAACAUUAAAGUAAACCGGGUCUCCAAAAUGCCGUAUCCGUAAGAAAUGCUUAAAGAACCAAAAAACGAAAAAGUACCUUAAGGCCAUAGAGGUUGCAUUCUGAUUGUGCUGGAUCUUGAUGCAGAGACUUCCAGUACUUUAUUGGCUAAUUUAUUAGCCUGUCACACAAAGCUUUUCUUUGACUUGUUCUCGUCCUGUGUAGAUAAGAAACGUGCGUAAAUGAGUCUGAACUUUCAGCACAUGGGAAGGACUUUUACCUGUAAAUAAUAAAAAUAAUAAUAAUUAUAAUAAUAAUACUAUGUUGUCAUAUAUUGGCAUGUGUUGAUAAGUCUUGUAUAUAUAAGAUAUGUAUUUCCUUCUGAAGGAAAACUAUUUCCAUGUUUCUAUUGUGGCACUAACACUGUGAUAUUAAAAAGAUGAUAUAUAUAUAUAUAUAUCUA